AUGGCCCCUUAUGGUAUUCGAAUAAAUUAAGUGUACAGGAUGCAGUGUUAAUGUGUCUGUACUGUUUGUGUGCCCUAACCUUCCAGCAUUCUACAAGCUUAGAGAUAUGACUGGUAAUGACGCCUUGCAAACGUACGACUACAAGACCUGGGGCAUUCAAGAGUGAGGGCCAGUAGUAGCUGCACUGCCAACAUGGGGUCCUUAGAGGUAGAAGGUGACAGUGGCCGACCUCAACACGAGCAUCACCUCAGCCUCCUGGACAACUUCAGCCAGUCCAAGCGGCAGCUCGAGCAACUCCUGGACGCCGAUGGUGACCUGGCACAGCUGGAUGGAAAGCUGCAGGAGUUGCAGAUGAUAACUACGGAAGCGGCCAGUCACCUACCCGCAGCCAGUUUGCGCUGGGUCCGAGAGCAGUUUGGGACACUGAGAGCACGGGUGGAUGAGGUCCGGGAGCGGCUCAAGCCACGCAAGCGAUUUGCCUUCAAAUCGGCACGGGGCCCCAGCUCAAAGGCAGGAGCGCCCCCUGAUUGUGAUGCCAGAUCCGAGGGGCGAUGCGAGUCGGGGCCAGGCUUCCCUGCCGGUGCCUCGAAGGAUGCCUCCACCUUGGGCUUCCAAGGCAGAUCAAGGGAAACGUUGAUGCUGUCCGACGUCAACGGCAAGGACAUGGAACUCGAUUCUCUCGAUACCUGCGAAGUGACUGUCCGUGGCUGUCUGGCGACACUGUUUGCACGCCGGCUUAAGAACUGCCACAUCCGGUGCGGACCUGUGGCCACCUCGGUGUUCGUGGAGGAGUGCGAGGGUUGCACGUUUCACGUUGCUUGUCAGCAGCUGCGAGUACACGACAGCCGCAAGUGCGAGUUCCGAGUGCACAUUCAGGCACGCUCCAUUAUCAAAGACUUGAAAGAGCUCCUGUUUGCCAAGUACGACUUUGCUUACGACGGAGACGAGCGAGACUGGUGUGCAUCGGGCCUAGACAGGAAUGUCAACAACUGGAACAAGGUGGACGACUUCAACUGGCUUGCAGCCGAUCAGCCCUCACCCAUCUGGAAGCUGUCACAUGUGUCGCCGGGUGACACCGAAUAGGGGGAUGGGAACACAUGGCACAAUAAAGACCCACAUCGUUGUGAAUGAGCGUGUC